CUCUCUCCAUCUCCAGGCUGCGAGCUCAGUCACACUCCACGCAGCCAACAGGGAUGCAUCGAGGGCGCAGCGCAGCCUGAAAAAUGGCCCCGACUCCGCGCGUCUUGUGGAUCUAUCCUUCCCGAUUCCUGCUUUCCUUCUUGGUGCUUUUUCACGUGUUCUCGCCGUGCCAAGCAUUAAGGAAUUACCCGGAGAAUGAAGUCACAUUGCUGGACUCCAUGGUAGCCUUGGCCGACCUGGGCUGGGAGGCUUAUCCUAAUGAAGGGUGGGAGGAGAUCAGCGUGAUGGAUGAGCGGAACACCCCGAUGAGGACCUACCAGGUGUGUAACGUCAUGGAGGCCAACCAGAACAACUGGCUGCGGACACGCCACAUCAGCCGGGAAGGAGCGCAACGCGUCUACAUCGAGAUCAAAUUUACCCUCCGGGACUGUAACAGCCUGCCUGGGGUCCCUGGUACCUGCAAAGAGACAUUCAAUAUGUACUACUAUGAGUCCAACAACGCCAACGUGUGGUUCAUCAAGGAGAGCCAGUACGUCAAAAUCGAUACUAUUGCUGCGGAUGAGAGCUUUACGCAGGUGGACGUUGGCGACCGUGUGAUGAAGCUUAACACUGAAGUGCGGGAUAUCAGUAACCUGAGUAAAAAAGGCUUUUACCUGGCCUUCCAAGACCUGGGCGCGUGCAUCGCGCUCGUCUCGGUCAGGGUCUUCUACAAGAAGUGUCCACUCACUGUGCUUAAUUUGGCCCAGUUCCCCGACACAAUAACUGGGGGAGACACAGCCCUGGUCGAGGUCCACGGAGCGUGUGUGAAUGCCUCGGAGGAAUUUGAGGCUCCCAAGAUGUACUGCAGCGCAGACGGAGGCUGGCUGGUUCCUAUCGGGAGGUGUGUGUGUAAACCUGGCUUCGAGGAGAACAAGGACAUCUGCCAACCUUGCAGACCAGGAACCUACAAGGCCUCGGCUACAGACGCCUACUGCACCAAAUGUCCUCCUCACAGCUCGUCCCUGCAGGAACAAGCCACAGAGUGCAUUUGCGAGAAAGGCUUUCACCGUGCUGACAGCGACCCACGCUCUAUGGCGUGCACACGACCUCCUUCUGCUCCAGAGAACCCGAUCUCCACAGUGAAUGAAACCUGCGUCACCCUGGAGUGGUCGCCCCCCAGAGACACGGGAGGACGUGGUGACAUCACCUACCGUCUUCACUGCAAGAAGUGCUCGGGCGAUGGGAAACAGUGCAUGCCCUGUGGUAGCAGCGUCCACUUUGUACCCAGACAGUUUGGCCUCUCAUCAGCCACAGUCAUAGUCACCGACCUGCAGCCAGACUCCAAUUACAGCUUCAUCAUCGAGAGCCAGAAUGGCGUGUCGGACUUAAGUCCCACCCCCAGAGGAACAGCGGUGAUUAACAUCACUACAUCACAGACAGUGAGCGUGGUGUUGAAGGAGAGGCGCAGCAAGGACAGCGUGACCUUGGCCUGGCAGGGUCCACAGAGACCUAAAGGUGCAAUAGUGGAGUAUGAGGUCAUUUACUAUGAGAAGAACCAGCGGGAGCAGAACUACACCGUUUUGAAAACUCGCUCCAACAUGAUGACAGUAGACGGCCUCAAACCAGGCACCACCUACGUGUUCAGGGUCAGAGCCAAAACAGACGGAGGUUACGGCAGCUAUGGUGGUGAGAUCGAACUGGAGACCAGCCAUGAAGAUGUCUUUGCUAUUGGAGACCCGAACCAGUCCACCAUCCUGGCUGUGUCCAUCGCCGGUGGCAUCGUGCUGCUCAUCUUUCUGGUGAUGUGCUUUGUGGUCAGCGGAAGGCACUGUGGGUAUAUCAAAGCCAAGCAGGACCCCGAUGAAGAGAAGAUGCAGUUCCAGCAUGGCCGAGUCAAGCUCCCCGGCAGUAGGACCUACAUCCAUCCACACACCUACGAAGACCCCAACCAGGCUGUCAGGGACUUCGCUAAAGAGAUCGAUGCUACUAAUAUUCGCAUAGAGAGAGUUAUUGGAGCUGGAGAGUUCGGGGAAGUGUGCAGCGGGCGGCUUCGUGUGCAAGGAAAGCGUGAGAUCUACGUGGCCAUCAAGAGUCUAAAGGCGGGAUACUCGGACAAACAGAGGCGGGACUUCCUAUCUGAGGCUUCCAUCAUGGGGCAGUUUGACCACCCGAACAUCAUCAGGCUGGAGGGCGUCGUCACGAAAUGUAAGCCGGUGAUGAUCAUAACAGAGUUCAUGGAGAAUGGAUCACUGGACACCUUCCUCAAGAAACACGAUGGCCAGUUCACCGUGAUCCAGCUGGUCGGCAUGCUGCGUGGCAUCGCCUCAGGCAUGAAGUACCUGUCAGACAUGAGCUACGUUCACAGAGACCUCGCUGCACGAAACAUCCUGGUCAACAGCAACCUGAUGUGUAAGGUGUCUGACUUUGGCCUCAGUCGGGUUCUGGAGGACGACCCAGAAGCUGCAUACACAACCAGGGGAGGGAAGAUCCCCAUUAGGUGGACAGCUCCAGAGGCCAUCGCCUACAGGAAGUUCACCUCAGCCAGUGACGUAUGGAGUUACGGUAUUGUCAUGUGGGAGGUCAUUUCAUACGGCGAGAGACCCUACUGGGAGAUGUCCAACCAGGAUGUUAUCAAAGCAAUAGACGAGGGAUAUCGUCUCCCUGCACCCAUGGACUGUCCGGUGGUGCUGCACCAGCUUAUGUUGGACUGCUGGGAAAAAGGACGCAGUGAGCGACCCAAGUUUGGCCAGAUUGUCACAAUCCUGGACAAGCUCAUCAGAAACCCUGCCAGCCUCAGAGAGCUGGCCAACAGCCCAGCAGGUGAGGAGCCAACCACUCCAGAAUUCAGCGUGAACACAGUGGAUGAGUGGUUGGAGGCUAUUAAGAUGGGCCAGUAUAAGGACAACUUUUCCAGUUCUGGUUAUGUCAGCUUAGACUCAAUCCUCUACAUCAGUAUCAGUGAAUUGUCCAAAAUGGGUGUGACACUUGCCGGCCACCAGAAGAAGAUUUUAUCAAGUGUGCAAAGCCUGCAGACCCAGGGGACACACAUCCAAGUAUAACACUUUCCACAUUAAUGCACACUGAGACAGAGCCAAGAAGGUGGACGCUUGUGUUAAGAUUACCACCACUAAAACGGAGAAGUCGACGUAUACUCUCUGCUUGCUCCUGCAUUGGUUUUGUUAGGAGGACAACAAGGACACCUGAAUCCUUCACAUUCUUGCACCGUUCCUUCCCACUUUCAUGGACACUACCAGCUUUGGAGUCGCAGCAGCAGCAGCAGCAGUAAAAGCACCGAUAUGGAGCAACACCUAGAACAUUCAUUUACAUCACUCAAAGACUAAGAAAGGAAUGACAAAAAACUAAUUAGAAUCUAAAUAUCAUGACUGUCUGUGAGGUCUACGGUUGGUUUUGUUGUAUUCUUAUUUCUGAUUCAAUGUACAUGUGUAGAUAUAUGUUUAUAGGGGUGGUGUGUCCCACCCCUGUUGAGAUGGACCUAAUGUUUGUAUUGGUUGGGAGGAUUUCUCAGCGAUGCGCAGAUGAGGGAGCCAAGAUCCUGAAAGACAUGAAUGUUUGGGUGUGAGGUGGGAGACAGAACUGGACCUAAAGUCAGAUGGUAUAAUGACGGGUUACACUUGACAAGGACAAGGGCUUCCCUCGUGAUGGCAAGCAGACACACUUCCAUCAAAUUAUACUUCAUGAUGUGCAAAGAACAUUUUUCUUCCAUUACACUGUUCCAGAGCAAUGUAGGUCAUCAGAGGCAUUUGCCCCCUUGAAGAUAGUAGUGUUUUCCCCCCAAACAACCUCUUAAAAUGAAGUCAUUAUUUAAACCUCAUAAACAACUUAUUUAAAUCAGUCGCUGGGUAACUUUGACAGCAAAAGUUAUCAGUUGAUUUUCUGGUGAAAAAUAAUGAUUUAAUAUGUUUUAUUAUAUGGAAGUCUAAAGGACAGAGAGUGGCAUAAACGUACAGUAUAUAUGAUUGUAUCAUAGUGUAAAAUAUGUACAGCGUUGAUUUCCAAUGUUAGAAUGUUUGUAAUGAUGAUGAUGCUUUUAUCAUUAUGAAAAAGAGAUGUUGGAGUGCUUGUUGAGGGGAAGGUCAUGAAAUGGGAAAAAAAUGAAGGUUCUUUAUUUGUUUGAACGAAGGAAUGUAGCAUGGGUGAAAAGUCUGAUCUUUAAUUAACAGACGACAAUGACCGCAGUUUCUAACACAGAAUGAGUAGAAUGGGCUUUACUUGAUUUCUAAACAGGAUUCCCAUUGCAUUUGCUGGUUUUACAUACAUACAGACAACUCUGAUGUGCACAAGGAUUCUCGUUAUUAUGCAUAUAAUAUGCAUAUGCAUAUAUACAGUUCACCAAACUCACUCCCAAAUUGUCUAACCAUGAAACCCAAAUGUAUAAAAGUCAUAAGUGGCCUACUCGGCUUUUUCCAUUUACAACAUGGAUAUGUAUUUAAACAGCAAUUGAGGGGUUGGAUGUUAUUUUAUAGCCUCUUGCAAAAUCAAACAUAGAAAUCACAUUGGACAAAAAAAAAGCUUUCACUGCCAAUUGAGGAUGUUUGGGGAUUCUUUUGGCUCAUUCUAUUCAUGCAAAAGUAAUAGAAAUAUAAUUUGAAGAUAAAUGGACUGUCCUAGGGCAAGGAAUCUUAGUAAGUGAACCCAUUUUCUUUAGCAAUAUGUACAUAUAUACCUCUAUUUUUAUUGUACAGUUCCUCCACCUUGCAGCAUUCCAUUUGGAAACUCAAAUCUACAAACAAUUGAAUGUUUUGAGAGUUUAGUAUCAGGCGUUGGAUUAACCCCAUUUAAUACCGUACUGGGGGCUCCACGGUGGUUAGCGCGCAGGCCACACAGCUAGGAGGCCCGGGUUUGAUUCCCCGCUGUGCAGUUUGCAUGUUCUCCCUGUGCAUGUGUGGGUUUUUCGGUUUCCUCCCACAUUCCAAAAACAUGCUAGGUUAAUUGGCGACUCCAAAUUGUCCAUAGGUAUGAAUGUGAGUGUGAAUGGUUGUUUGUCUAUAUGUGCCCUGUGAUUGGCUGGCGAACAGUCCAGGAUGUGCCCCGCCUCUUGCCCGAAGACAGCUGGGAUAGGCUCCAGUAUGCCUGCCACCCUCGUGAGGAUAAGCGGUAUAGAAAAUGAAUGAAUGAAUAAAUACCAUACUUACUGAAAUAUAAGGCACACCUGAAUAUAUUAACUGCUCGACAGAUUGAUUAGUCUUCCACAUUGAUUUGCAUUAUCCUAAAAUAUACAUUUUUCCCGAGUUGUCGACUCUUUGAGCCACUUUUUUGGUGGUUUUUUGGUUGCCCCCAGCAGCAUAGAAGUUGGAUGGACUAUUGCCCCAAACGUAUAUGAUUUUGGUUAUGAAACACAACUGUGCUUAUGGUUUUAGUACAUGAUCAGUACAUGGGCAGAUAAUUAUGAAGUUGAGAAUAACUGGCCUAAAGUCUGCCCAGUGAAGGAGUGGAGCUUGGUGAACUAACUCUAUUCUUUAUGUCUUUUUAAAAAAUGCAAAUCAAUGGAAAAUAAAUCACUACACACCGAUAGCCAAAUACACAUCAUGUAUCACACUACUCCCAGCCACAGCAGUAUUAUGUAUACCACUAACGUAUUCUGACAUUGUGAGCACGUUCUACUCAUACUAACUUAUGACUUCAAGGGGUUGGCAGAAUUCCCUCAAAUGCUUGGCCUUGAGAAUGCCUUAUUUUGCUGAUCGUUUUGUUGGUCUGUAAAGGCGAUGAUAGAAGUAAAGUGUGUGUACAGGAAGUAUUUAUCUGCUCUUGAGAUGAUCUUGCAUCAACACACUUAUUUUCAAACACCAAUAAAUCUUGGUUUCGAUAUUUGGGGGGCGAGUUUGCAUCAUAAGGUACAUAAAAGUUGCAGAAAUUUGAUGAUGAUGAUGACUGUGUAUGUGAUUGGAUCUACUGCAGUGGUUUCUUGUGUGAGCGUAAAGUGGGCCUCCCCUGGGAGAAGACUCCAGGUGGCACAGAAAUAUCAAGAAAAAUAUUUUCAACCCUGCUGUGUGAACUUCAGUUAUGUUGAAAGAUUUUUUUUUUUUAGAUUUUAUAGUGGUUGAUUGUUAAACAGAGUCUGGGGUAAAGGAGGCCGCUGCCAUAUUAUAUUCUCCAAGGGGAGGCUCACUGUGCCACACUUUGAAAACCCAUGAUGAAUUGUCUGUGUUGUCUUUUCUACAAUUAUAAUUAUGAAUCAUUUUUACAGUGUUUUCAACUCUAAUUCCAGAAUAAUGAUGAUGACAUGCCCACAUUGAUGCUUGAGCCUCAAAAAUGUCCCGACUAUUCACUAGGUAGAAGUCAACAACAGUACGGCUUGGUUUGGCUUGGUGAUCUCACACAGUCUUUGUCCUCCAUCUCCUUGAUUGACUCUCACCGGAAGUUCCUCUCAUUUCUCCUUUUUUUGGCCACCCAAAUAAUGUUGAUGGACCACCAAGCUUCAAAUUUUCCUCUGUCUUGCGUGUUGUAAAGGGUGUAGGCAUUCUCAUGUCUUUCUUGUUGCUGUAAUAAAUAUGCUAAUAUUUCUAAUUUCUCA